UUUUCGAUCCAAAUGCUCGUAAAGUUGUAAAUUGUUUUUAAUUAGCUUUAUUCACUACAAGUGUAAAAGUCGAACAUGGCCAAAGUAAAAAAAAAACUAAAUUAGAGCAAACCAAAACUAACUUGUUAUUUAUCUAUAUUAUUUUUUAUUAUUGCUAUUAUCUAUACGUAAUACCCUUUUUAUCAGACACUACAACUCACCGAUGUGUUACGUACUUACGUAUGGUCAUCGAUGGUAUCAGGUGUGGUGUAAAAUCUACUUACAAAAAAUCGUGUAUACAACUUAUAAGCUCUAUGACAAUCUACCGGUUUUUGUUGUUUUUAUCAUUUAAGGUUAUGUUAUGAUUCGUACAUCAGAUUUGGAUCGACGGCAAUUGUUUACUAUUAUUUUAUUUUAUAGUUAAGUAGUUCACUACUGUUAUUUUAAUUUUUCUCUAAUGUCUGAAUUGUAUAGACGUGUGUAAUAAAUUUAAAUUUCGAAGCCAUUCUCCAUUGUUUGUUUUAAAAUUUUACUAGUCAUUGUAACAUCUCAACAUGUCGCUAGUGUGUGCCCGUAAGAAUCAAUAUUAUUACAUUAUACAAUUAUGUCUUCCAAUACUGUUUCGUUAUCGUUUAUAUGUAAAAAUGUAUAUUAUUUUUCAAUGAUUUAUAGUAAAGAAAUGUUAAUUUAUUAUUCAGUUGUACUACCUGCUUAAAUAUUCAAAUCGUAAUUUGUAUCAAAUUUGUAUGUAGAUAGGUACUAGAAACUAGAAAGUGUAUAAUGUUGAUCAUAAUUAUUAAUUUACUUGUAGUUGUAAACAUGAAAUUUGUAAUUAUUUAAUAAUAUUAGGCAAAUCAUCAAAUAAAUUUAAGUUAGUUGAUUUUUCAAAACAAAUAUUUUAAAUGUUUGUUUUUUAGUGUCUAAUGAAGUACCAGAACAACCAGUUGUUUCACCUGUUUCUGGUUCAAUUUUUGAAAGACGACUUAUAGAAAAAUACAUCAAAGAAAAUAAUACCGAUCCAAUAAAUGGCCAAGAAUUGACGGUUGAACAAUUAGUGGAGAUUAAAAGUAUGUUAAAAUUAAAUAAAUCAUUUUAAAGGUGGGACAUCCAUGAAAUAUUGUUUCAAUAAAACUUUCUUAUAAAAAAAAAAAACAACACAUUUUUAAAUAUUUAUAAAACUUGUUAUUUCUUGAUUUUUGUUAGUACACUUGUCUAGCUAAAGUUUGUUAUUGUUAUUUAGUUGAUUUAAAACUAUUUAAAAUAUGUAAAUGUUAUGUUUUAUUUUUAAAAUAUGUAAUCAAAUUCAAUUAUAUAAUAUAUAAUUAGGUAAUGAAAAAUUUAAAAACCGGUUUACAAUGUUUUUUAUACUUGGUAAUUUAUUGGGCACCGUUUAACAUAUACAUUCAAUGAAGUUACAGUUAUUUAAGGUACAUUUAUACCUUAUAUAAGUAUUUAAUAUUUCAUAUAAGUAUAUCUUUAUUAUGUAGUAGAGGUUUUUUGAGUACAUUAUUUAUAAACAAACCUGGUGCUGAGUAUUAGCUGAGUAAUAAUUUAUAUAAUAAACAAUGUACAAUGUUAUAAAUAAUAUUUAUACAGUAUCCCACAAAGAUAUACACAUUGAAAUAAUAAAGAUAAUCAAAUUUGGUUUUUUUUUAUUUUUAUAAUUAUAAAGGUUAAGAUUACUAAUAUUCAUAUUUUAAUAAAAAAUUUAUCUUAUAAAAAAAAAAUAACUACUUAUUUAAUCAUUAUUUAUUUUUAAAUAUAAAACUAUUUAAAUGAUCGAUCAAUUUCUUAAAUUAAAUACAAAUUUAAAGAAUUAAGAGUUUAUUCUUCUGAACAUUUAGACAUUUCAACUUUUAUUUUCAUUAGUCUUACAAUUUAAAUGAUUUUUAUAUUAGUUAAUUUUUUUACCCAAACGUUUAUUUAACUAAAAUAUGAAUACUUAUAGUCGUUAUUGCAGUGAUUGAAAAAUUGUGAGACUGAAGAAAAUAAAGGUUAAAAUGUCAAAAUGUCAGGAGAAUAAUAAAUUCUUGAUUCUUUAAAUUUUUUGAAAAUAAUUUUUUUCUUUUACAAAACAAAAAUUUAAUUCAUAUAUGAAUAUUAGUAGUCCUAAUCAUUGUAAUAAUAAAAAUAAAACAAAAGAGCUGAUUUAGGGGAUGGGAGUGUCCACUGUUGUAUGUGAGAAGUUGGGAAGAUAAGAUACAUAAGGUUAUUUCAUUUAUAUCUGUAAGCAAUGAUAAACCAUUGCUUGAUGAAAGACAAUUUCGAGCGCAGUUUGGUGAUACAUAAUUUAAAGUAUGGUAAUUUUUUUUGCGAUUUACGUUUAAAUAUUAUUUCCAAACCCUUAAAAAAAAAAACGUCUGAUGAUUUUGAAAAUUGUACCACGUGUAUGUAAGUCCAAUACAAGUAUUAUUACCAAGUUUCAAGUCUACAUGUAUUUGUAACUGAAUAAUAGCAAAAAACUCCCAAAAAUUAAAAUUCUUUAAAAGCUCAAAAGUUUUGGAAAUGAUACAGUAAGAAAGUAAAUCAAAAAGGCAAAAAUUAAAUUAAAAUUAAAAAAUUAAAAUGAAUUAAAUUUUUUUUCUGGUAGAAAACACCAUGUUUUUAUAAAAUAAUUGAAUCGUGAAAUUGUACGUUUUCCUAAUUUUUUACCCACUUAAGUGCUUUUAUUAAAAAAAAUGGUGUCAAAAAUUAAAAAAAGACUUUUUAAAAGUACAAUCUAGACAACUUGAGUUUUCAUAAAAGGUGUUACCAGUAAAAAUCUGAGCAAGUUUAUUAGGAAAAAAACUUGUCCACAGACUUAAAGAAGAAAAAAAGAAAUAAACAGCAUUGUAAAACCCAUAGCUCCCUCGUUAUGCUCGGAAUCUAAAACUAAUUUGAUUUUCUUCAUUAUUUUAAUGGGCACCUAUGUCUUUGUGGUCCCAAAUAUUAUUUAUACUCUAUACAUUGUGUAUUAUAUAAAUUAUUACUCGGUUAAUACUUGAUAUACAUAAAUAUAUACAGUCGACACCAUUUAUGAAACUUAUGGAUUUAAUAUUCGGUUGCUUAUUAGACUCAAAAUCACUUAGAACGUUCCGGGCAUAUACAAAUAUACUCUAUCCUUUCUCUACUUUGCCAAUAAGGUUCAUUAAAUAUAAUAAGGUUCAAUUGGAUUUUGAUAGAAAAAUGUUAUUGAAAAAAAAAAAAAAAAAAACUUUAUACUAUAGUUUUUUGUAAAAAAAUAUCUUUUAUUUGUUAUAAAUUAUAGCUUCACCUAUUGUUAAACCUAAACCUAUAACUGGCACCAGCAUUCCUGCUAUACUGAAAAUGCUCCAAGAUGAAUGGGAUGCUGUUAUGUUGCAUGCAUUCACACAAAGACAACAAUUACAAACCGCCAGACAAGAGUUGAGUCAUGCUUUAUACCAACAUGAUGCUGCCUGUCGUGUGAUUGGUCGUUUGACCAAAGAAGUAACUGCAGCUCGUGAAGCUUUAGCUACGCUUAAACCACAAGCUGGAAUUUCCGUUAACGAUACAUCUGUAAAUGCUGGACCUACAACAAUACCACAACCUGUAUGUUUUUAUUUACAGUGUUUUGUAUUUUUAUACAUAUUUUAUUUAUUUUGUUCUUAGGCUAUUGCUAUGGAAGCAGCUGGAGUACCGAAUCAACCUACAGAAGAAGCUGGAAUAACUGAUGAAAUAAUUAAGAAACUGCAAGAAAAAGCUACCGUUUUAACACAGGAGAGAAAGAAGCGAGGGCGUACAGUUCCAGAAGACUUGAUGGAUCAAGAAUCAUUAAAAUCAUUUAAAACAUUGGCAUCCCAUCCAGUAAGUAUAAGUUUAAUGAUAUAAUAUAAAUUAUUUACUUAUAUUAAGAGAAUAUGGAAUUAAAAUAUAAUAUUUAAAUUAUAUAUUUUAUCUAGGGUCUUCACAGUGCUAGUGUACCAGGAAUAUUGUCUUUAGAUAUACACAGUGAAGAUACUAGUAAAAUUUUAACAGGAGGGAAUGAUAAAAAUGCUACAGUAUUUAAUAAGGAUACUGAACAAAUUAUAGCGGUUCUGAAAGGUCAUACUAAGAAGGUCACGCGGGUAAUCUAUCAUCCUAAUGAGGUAAAAUAUAGUUUGGGUCAUAUGUUUAAAAAUUCUAAUCAUAUUAAAUUAGUAAAUUUAAAAAAUAAGUUUAAUUUGUAUAAAAAAUUAUCCAGGAUGUUGUAAUAACUGGAUCACCUGAUACAACAAUAAGAGUAUGGAAUGUUGGUGCUUCAAAUCCACUGUCUCAAAUAAUUAGAGCACAUGAAGGUUCCGUAACUGGGGUAUCAUUGCAUCCGACUGGUGAUUACAUUUUGUCAACAUCCGCUGAUCAGAAUUGGGCAUUUUCUGAUAUUCGUACAGGAAAAUUAUUAACUAAAGUAAAUUAAAAUUUUAUGAAAAAGUUUAUUUGGGAAUGUGUGAUUGACAUUAAACCAUUUUAUGUUUAGAUUUCAAGUCAAACUUCAAACAAUACUUUGACCACUGGACAAUUCCAUCCUGAUGGACUUAUUUUUGGAACUGGUACUUCCGAUUCAAAUGUUGUAAUUUGGGAUUUAAAAGAACAAUCAAAUGUUGCAACUUUCACUGGUAAAAAUAGCUUAAAGUACUUUUGAUUCUAAGUGUAAUACCUUUUUUUUUAUACUAGGCCAUUCUGGACCAAUUACUGCCAUAUCAUUUUCUGAAAAUGGUUAUUACCUUGCAACAUCGGCAGAUGACUGUUGUGUGAAACUUUGGGAUUUGCGUAAGUUAAAGAAUUUCAAAACUUUGAUCUUAGAUGAUGGUUAUGAAAUAAAAGAUUUAUGCUUUGACCAAAGUGGAACAUAUCUUGGUGUUGCAGGAUCUGAUGUCCGGUGAGUAUAAAAAAAAAUAUAAAAUUAAUUAAUAACAUGUACUUAUGUCUUGGUAUUACUUUCAGUGUUUAUAUGUGUAAACAAUGGCAAGAAUUAAAAGUAUUCAAUGAUCAUACAGCAUUGGCUACUGGAAUUAGGUUUGGAAAACAUUCUCAAUUUAUUGCUUCAACUAGUAUGGAUAGAACUUUAAAACUGUAUGGUAUUUAAUGGACAUUUUUACAAUUUUAUAUUCUAAGAACUGUGACAGUAUAAAUUCUUUUUUACUUGUAAUUAUUGCGUGAAAAAAAAUUAGUCUUAUUAAAAAAGAAAAAUUAAAAA